UUAACAAAGAAUUCUCCCAUCAACAACAAUAAUAAAACACUCAAUGCAGACAGAGAAUUGGGAAUUAACAAGUGUCUAUUCCCACACAAGCAGUACCAUACUAUACUUGCCAAAAAUAUAUGAGCUUAGUAGCUUUUACAAUGUAGGGAAAUCCGUGGAAGAUCCACAGUUGCUUUUAGAAUGAGAUUCGGGAAAUUGUGGGAUAAUUUAAGAAACUGAGAGUAAGAAGAGUGUACCCAGAAGGAAAUGCAGACUGAUAAGCUCCUUCAUUCAGACUGCUCCUUUACAGUGACUGCAAGCCUUUCUUUACAUAACAGUUUUGUGGAUGCCCAAGAAACCAAUAAUGCAAUAAAUAUGUACAAAGAGAAUUACAGUCAUUAAAGUUUAAGUAAUUAAUUCAGUCAAACUUACUUGAAAUCAAUUCACAAUGGGAGAUGCAGGCAUGCCAAUUCUGUCCCUGGAACUGGAGGACGACAGUGUGAUGGACAGUAAUAAAAUAAUGGUGGCCGGCGAACUGGAGAUUGGAGAUGAAUCAGUCUUGGUGGAAACAUCAGAGACAGGGACAAUUGUGUACAAGAGUGCAUCCUGCCAAGUGGAUCUCAGUUCUCAGGAUAUCAUGAGUCUCCCUAUCUUAUUCUGUGGCUUGCAUUCAUCAUCUUGUGAAGCCUCAACUCAGUGUGACAUUCCACUCAUUGUCAGCCAUAGUCUGUCUGCCUUUGCUAAGGAGGUUUGUGUCUCAGCCAGAAGGCCACUGGAAGAAAUAGCAGAACAUAGUAGAGUGACAGCUUCAAUGCAAAAUGAGGUGGAUAAAACAUUCCAAAAUGACAUUAUAAGAGACACAAUAGAAGAAGUCAUCCUUAAUAAUGCCGGAGUUGAGGAUUUGGACUGCUUUCGGAAAGACAACCAGGAUACUAAGGAGCUUGCAGAUACUGUUCCAAAAGAUCCACCAAGAAUCUCAAAAAGAGGAAGAAAGAAGAAGCCUCGAGAAGACAGUGACUUUGACUGGAACGACGAUGAUGACUUUUGGGAGGAAAAGAUCAGUGUGAGUGUGAAUUCUCAAUCCAGGAGAAAGACACGCAAAACAAAGCAGAGUUCAGGUAAUGCAGAAGCUAAACCACAAAGUCCAAAUUUGAAGGAAAAAGAAAAAGUAGCCAGAUUGAAAGAAAGCUUGUAUGCAGAACAAAUCAGAGCUGGUAUAAAAAGUGUGAUGGAGCCAAUGGAAAAUGUCACUCCUUAUAUUGAGUUAGUUACAGAGAAGGAGUGGUGUAAUGACUGGAUUACAGAUGAUGAGGUAGAUGAUGAUGAAGAUUUGGAUCCCACACAAGAGGAGUUCAGUAAAAAUGAAAAUGAUAAAAUAAGUUCAUGCAGUCAUUGUAUGUUAAAGUUCAGUACGCCAUUGCUCUUGCUGGAGCACACAGAAGCAAAUCAUUCUGCUCAUAUAUGUGAUAUUUGUGGAUUCACAGCAACCUUUAAACACAAGCUGAAGAGGCACAUGGUAAAACAUUCUAAUGUAAAGGCAUUUGUAUGUGACAUUUGUGGUAAACAGUAUUCACAGAAUCAGAAUCUCAAAGAUCACAUAUCUCGUGCACAUAGUGACCAGGAUCAUUGUGAUAGGUACCCAUUUAGUUGUGAGCACUGCAAGCGACUGUAUCGGGAUGAGAGGAAUUAUAUUAAACACCAAGAACAAUGCAGUGGUCCAUGUGAUGUAUGUGGAUUGAUGUUUAAGUGUAGUGGACAGUUGUGGCUUCAUAGGAGAGAACAUUAUUCCCACUGUAAUAUUUGUGAGAAGGGUUUCCAAUCCCGUGGCUCACUGUUGUUGCAUAAAAGUAUGAAGCAUGGUGAAAAGACCCUCCAGUGUCCCAAGUGCCCCAGAAAAUUUGUAUUUCAGUCCCAUUUAAAAAAUCAUUUUGACAAUGCCCACAACCAGGCAGCACCUCAGUUUAAGUGUGAAGCAUGUGGAUUUUGCACCAAGUCGAUGACCUAUCUUAAAGCUCAUUAUAGCAGAAUGCACAAAAACCCAUCAAAAGUAUAUUCUUGUGAUCACUGCCACAAAAACUUUAGAAGCAAAGCAAGAGUUAUUGAACAUGUACGCAUUCAUACAGGCGAAAGGCCUUUUUCGUGUCCAGUAUGUUGCAAGACCUUUUAUUCCCAAAGUAAUUUAUAUGCACAUGAAAGAACUGUGCAUGGAAGACUGAAAAACUACGGUACAAAGGACACACAAGAGAACACAGGUGAAGCUAUUGUACGCAGACAAAUAUCCAGCUGUUAUCAGUGCCAUCUGUGCCAUUUAAGAUGCCCUACCCAUAAGAAACUUAAACAUCACCUACUGAAGGACCACAACUUUAGUAGUGAUGAUGGAAGGGAACAGAAGAUUGACAGUGUGGAGGUUAUUUGUGCAGAUGAGUCAGUAGUGACAGCCAUAGACAUGGAUAUGGGUCAGAGAGAAGGGGAAGGGACAAGUAAAGACAGUGGAAUAAUGGGUAAUGAGAAUGCAGCUGGUAAGGCAACUGUGUCUGUGCCUUCCUAUGUUGUACCACCCAAUGUUAAUCUUGUUGAAAUAGAAGGUGUACAGUAUCAUGUUAUAAGAAAUACGCAGUAAAUAUAUAGUGCUCAUGGCCAAAGACCAGAAGUAUAUGUAUUUUUUAUAAUAAAGUUUAAAAUAGUGGUUGUAUUGAGGAAAAUUACAAAUCCUGUAUUACAAGUAAGAGGUAAUGACAUUUGUACAUGCUCAACAAAGUUUGAAACAGUCAGAACAUACGGAUUUUGUUUGUGCUUCAUUUCUCAAACAAAACAAUACCUUGUUUUAAAAGCAAUAGACUAAAGUGAGAAAGCCCUGUCUAUAUAAUUGGGGAGUCAGGAACAUAAAUCCUUACCUAGUCUUAGUUAAUAUUCGCUAUCAUAGAGUUCCCCCAAUCCAUGGACAAAACAUAAUUUGAAGCAUAGAACAUGGGUGACAAGUUUUAUGUAACUAACAACAUGCAACAAUUAACACAGUAGAUGUAGUACAUGCACUACUGCUGCCACUGUUGCUGAUGCUGGUAUUAGUAUUGAAAGUAAUAAUAAUCACAAUAGGAAACCUAUUCUUAUUACAAAUAUGUAAGCAGGAAAUUUAACAACACAAAAACCACUAUCCUACAGUGAGAGUACUGGCUGUUUUUCUCAUGCUGAGCAUGUUCAGUUCUACCAUACAGUUAACAACCAUACUUUUGCACACUGUACUUUGUUUUUAUAAAAUUAUUUUUCUUAUUUGAGACAAUUAUCUCUAUAUAUAUUACUUUCAUAAUAUAAUUAUCUCUCUUAUUUGUCCAUGUGUAUUGUUAAUGGACAAUAAAAGGGACAGUUAUACAGUAUAUUAAUGAGUUUUUGAUAUAAAGAUGAUAUAUUAAAGCAAAACACUUGGCUUUUAUCUAAGGAAAGAAGCAAUUUCAAACCUGCUUUGCCAUUUGAAGCGGAGCAAAUUGAAGACAUGUAUCAGCAGUAGGAGGUGCAAAAGGAAACAUGUUGGGAGUGCACUGUUAGUUGAAUGAGCCCCAGCUUUUCUGAUGAAAUGACACCAAAAUUUGUUUGUUAUAAGCAUAUCCAUUAUAACAAGAUCUGUUAUAGUGAGGGUAAAAUAUGCUGAUAUGAGUAGUAGCAUUGUUUUCAUGUUAAUGUUAUUUUGACUUAUAUUUUUUUAUUCAUAUAUCAUUUGAAGAAAAUUAUCAUUUUAUAUAAAUGAUUCUAAUUAGCAAUGCUGUUGCUAUCAUUGUUACUGUUGUUAAGUUUAUAAUUUCUAAUAUUAUUUGCUUAUUAAAAUUAAAUAAAAACAUUGAUUAUGAUAAUUAACACACUGUGAUCUACCUCAGUCACCAAGAAUGGUAUUAUGUGAUAUCAGUCCUUUAUUUCACUAAUGUAUCUUUUUUGUAUACAUUGGAGGAAUAAUGAUGUAUUCUGUACAUGAAGUAUCUGUGAUGCAGUAUUUGCCUCAAAUUAAAGUAUUCAUCAUUUUAGUUGAAUAUCGACAUUCACAUUUUUUUUGGUAAUUGUAUAUAUAUCAAAGACACUAUUUUGAUCAUUUGAUGUAUCCUUUUCUUGUUUCAGUCAAAAUGUGUAUUAUUUCUACUUCUAUAUGCAAACUCUGUAUGACUUCUCCUUAUACUGUAGGAACAAAUUCUGUAUACUAUAGUCCUUCAUUACGUAUGAAUUAUCUUUGUUAUGACUGUAAGAUAAAUUUGAGUGCAGUAUUGAUUGUUUAACAAACAAAGUAGUCAUGAUAUUUAAGGGAAAAAGUGUGAAAAUGCAGAAAAUAAUAUAUUCUGCUUUUUCACAUAAUUUACAUUUACUGUUGAUUUAUUUUGUUUCUGCCAUCAACUUUAAAUGCUCAUAUGACUUCAGCUUCAGGGAGUAUGAAAGCUGGUCUAUCAGUACAUCCAAGAACAGAAAUUUCAUUGUUUAUUUAACCAUUUAAGUUAUACUGUUGCAAAUGAAAGAAAUCAUAGUUUUAUUUAAUAUUUCCAUUUCAAGAAGUUGCGAGAUUUCUUUGGGAUAGUCUGUGUUUCAAAGUCACUGUUUGGUUGACAUAAACUUUGACAUAUAACUUUCUGUUUCAGCCAGUAUACGUGUUACUUAUACUAAUUGAUAUUAAUUAGUAUGUCAUUUUCUCAAAAUUCAAAAGUCCUCUCCAAGACCCAAGGAUAUUACAUGAAGGUCUUCUGUAUCUAUGCAAAAAAAAUAAUGAAUAAGAGUUUAAAUAGACAAGCAAAUGAAAUUAAACAUAUUUUUUGUUCUAAAUGUUGCAAUGUCACAGGAAAAAAUAUACAUCAGUUUCCAAUA